AUUUAAUCAAUGACAGAAACAAUAGAAAAUUUGAGAGAUUUUAACUAUUACAAAUUGAAUACAAAUAAACAUGUAUUAGUUGAAUAUAUAUGGAUUGAUGGUACUGGAGAGAGAUUGAGAUCUAAAACAAAAGUGUAUGAUACUGUGAUUAAAAGUUUGGAAGAUAUUGAAUGGUGGACAUAUGAUGGUUCAUCAACAGAUCAAGCAAUAACAAAAUUUAGUGAAAUUUAUUUAAAACCUGUAUGUAUGGUAAGAGAUCCAUUUCGUGGAGAUCCUCAUAAAUUUGUAUUAUGUGAGACAUAUAAACCAGAUCGUAAAACACCAGCACGUUUUAAUUUUAGAUGGAUAGCCGAAAAAAUAAUGUAAGAAGCAAAUGAGUGUGAUCCUUGGUUUGGAAUAGAAUAAGAAUAUUUUAUGUUAAAGAGAACAGGAACAACACAUUUAUGGCCUUUAGGAUGGCCUAUAGGUGGUUUUCCAUAUCCAUAAGGGAGAUAUUAUUGUUCAAUAGGAGAACGUAAUAAUUUUGGUAGAGCAUUAUCUGAAGCACAUUAAAGAGCAUGUUUAUAUGCUGGAUUAAAAUUAUCAGGAAUUAAUUCAGAGGUAGCUCCAUCUUAAUGGGAAUUUUAAAUAGGUAUUGCACAUGGAAUUGAAGCAGGUGAUCAUUUAUGGUUAGCAAGAUAUAUAUUAGAAAGAUUAGGUGAAGAAUUUGGAAUUGAUAUUAAUUAUGAUCCAAAACCUAUUCAAGGAGAUUGGAAUGGUACUGGAGCUCAUUGUAAUUUCUCAACAAAUAAAACAAGAGAAAAUGGAGGUUAUGAAUAUAUUAAAGAAUUCAUCUUACCUCUUUUAGAAAAGAAUCAUUAAAAAAUGAUGUUACUUUAUGGAUUGAAUAAUGAAGCUAGAUUAACAGGUAAACAUGAAACUGGACAAUAUAAUUCAUUUACAUGGGGAGAUGGAUCUAGAGGAUGUUCUAUUAGAGUACCUAUUAUUACUAAAGAAUUAGGAAAAGGGUAAAUUAUUUAUUCUCUAUAUUCAUUUUAGAUAUUUAGAAGAUAGAAGACCUGCUGCAAAUAUGGAUCCAUAUCUUGUAUCUAGUGCAUUAGUUGAUGCUACUUGUCUAAAUGCUAAGAAUCUUAUAAAUUUUAUUGAAUAAUUUGCUGAAUCAUUAAAAUAAUUAUGA